AUGCGCGCUAUGAUUGAGGAACGAGUGGCCAAGGGUGCUACAGAUUGGGAAGCUUACCAAAAACGGGGAGUUUUAGUUUAUCGUCUAGCUGCAUCCCGAGACCAAGAACGAAAGAUAUACGUUCAAGAGCUAAUAACUAACGACUCGAAGGAAGUAAAGGAACGGCUUGUCGAUCGCAAGGGCAGUUUAUACAUAUCAGGCUCAUCGAAUCAAAUGCCCUCUGGAGUGCGAAAGGCUGUAAUUGCAUCCUUGCGAGACGAAUGUGGGUGGACGGACGACGAAAGUGCAAGUUAUGUCGAUAGGAUGGAAAUGGAAGGAGAUGGAGGCACGAAUCCAGGCGAUCGAACAGCACCGCGGCUCAUUAAGUCCGCGACCUCUUCGACCCGUAGCAUAAGCAAUCCACCAGAUGCCUCCUCUGCGGUCCGACAGACUCUUUCACUCUUUGAUUCUCCUACAUCGAACUAUAGUAGCGAACCUCUUGGCACACCAUCCACACCAUCUAUCGACGACUCUCUUGCUAGUCACCAGGACAAAAUUAAGGAGAUGGAGGCACGAAUCCAGGCGAUCGAACAGCACCGCGGCUCAUUAAGUCCUGCGACCUCUUCGACCCGUAGCAUAAGCAUCCACCAGAUGCCUCCUCUGCGGUCCGACAGACUUUCACUCUUUGAUUCUCCUACAUCGAACUAUAGUAGCGAACCUCUUGGCACACCAUCCACACCAUCUAUCGACGACUCUCUUGCUAGCCUGCUCGAGUCAGACUUCACUCCUAUCCGAGUUCAGCUUAUCCCCAGUCGAAGCAGUUAUAGCUGUACGACUGGCUGGCGAAGGUAUAAAUAUACACCCCGACUCGUUGAGAAGCAUCGACGGGGAUUGACGGGCUAUAAGCUCCAUACGGGCAGGGUGUUGUACAACCUCAGUAAGAGUUCGGAGCCUGUCCUUGCUUUGCUUUACGUUAUCUUGCUCGCGUAUUACUACUUCAAAUCCCGUAUGCUUGAGGCCCAUGUCAUACUAACAGCACCAUCCAAUUCGCCAUUGCUAUGGGAUACAUCGCCUGAAUUCGCGUUAUACUGGACCACUACACCGCAAUACCGCCCAAGUCAGGAUUUGGCGAGAGCCCUGGCGACCUCGGGACUCAAUCGAACUAGGGAGGCAAUCAUAUUUCUGGCAAGUUAUUUCUCUCAUCAUGACGAUAUUUGUGACGUCAAGCAGGGGAUGUGUUGCCAGAGAUUUGGUUGGAGGGCUCAUAAAUGGUCUGCCACCUUCCUUGCCCCCGAAGAUAUUACAACAGUGUGGCCGAUUUCUCUUUCUGAUUUUAUACAGUAUGUAGUGGCGGAUGUAUCUCAGGAUAACCCUGCUUGUCUGUUGAUAAAAGCUCUCAUAUUGGUCUACUACGCGGGGAAGUUGAUACCGAAAGAUUUUCAAGGCCUGAGCUUACGGAGGAAUGGUGGUCACGAUUUAGACAAUGUGAUCGCGCAAUAG